GUUUCGUUCCACCAAUACAAGCUGAAAACGUCGUUAGUUUGUAUGGGCCGGUUUGUAUGCCGAUAGUGAUAGGCCAUAUAUUUGACUGGAAUGAAUCCACUGACAAACAUAAGGAAUACCCAGGAGUUAAACAAGAGGGAGCUAGAACUUGGACUUAUUGGAAAGAAAUCAUGGCAUGACAAAUACAAAGAUAGUGCCUGGGUAUUUUUAGGAGGCCUUCCGUAUGACCUGACCGAGGGGGAUGUCAUCUGCGUAUUUUCACAAUAUGGUGAAGUGGUGAACGUCAAUUUGGUGCGGGACAAACAGUCGGGAAAGUUCAAAGGCUUUGGGUUCUUGUGUUACGAGGACCAGCGCAGCACAGUGUUGGCAGUGGAUAAUCUAAAUGGAUUUAACAUAUUGAACAGAACCAUUCGUGUCGACCAUGUGGAAGGCUACCGACAACCUAAAGAACACGGAGAUGAGGAUGACGUAACACAAAAGCUGCGGGCAGAGGGAUGUGCACCCAAGGUGGAAGAAGAGGAGGAGGAAGAUGAUGAGGAAGAUGAAUUUGUUGUGCCAGUAAAAAAAGAAAAGAAAGAAAAACACAAGAAAUCAAAGAAAAAGAAAGAAAAGAAGAAAAAGAAGAAAAAAGACAAAAGUGCAAAAUCAGACUCGAGUGACAGUGAGGAAGAAUCAACCGAUGAUGAUAAAAAAGAUGUACAAGUAAAGACAGAGAAGGUGGACCGCGGGUAUGAUAAGGCUAUCAAUAACAGUGGCUGGAAUCGGGGCGAGAGGGAUGGAGCGCCAUCUGGUGGUAGCAGGCCAAACAAACAUAAAACUGGUGACAGAUUUAAUGAAAGACUGGGAGAAAAGGGGCCUAGAGAUAGAGAGAGGAAAUAUGACGAUGAAAGGGGUGGGAGGGAUAGAAAGACUGAAGAAAGGACAAAUGAAAGAGGCAGGGGACAAGACCGGGAUGAAUGGGGACAGGGAAGGGACAGAUAUGAUGAGAGAGAGAAGGGAAGAGAUGACAGGAAAAGAUAUAGAACUGAUGAUCGUCAGACAGAUAACAGGAAAAGAUAUCAUGAGGAUCGACACAGAUCAAACGACAGGUAUCGCGACAGUGAUGGUGACUAUAGGCGAGACAGAUGAAGAUUUGUGAUUAUACCUCACUGGUAAAUAGGUGAACCAUUGUGCAUCACUCGUCAACUUUUUCUUUACAAUCAAACUUCUCUUGAAAGACUCAUACAGUUGUAUCGUGUAAUGUGAAACAUUUGUUGUGUAUAAACAUUUAUUUUUUUCGUGGUUGCUUUGGAACCACAAAUAUAGAUACAACAAAUAUUGUUGUAUGCAUUAUAAUUGUUAUAUUAUUGUUGAAUGGGCAAACCAUGAAAGUGUGUACCCACGAAAUAUUUCAUGUUAUACACUAUGUCAACUUUGUAAAGGAAGAAAGACGGAUGCAGCCUGUUUUGAGAACUUCAGUGGAUUUCCAUCUUCAAAAAACUACUUCUCCUAAAGGCUUUGAAUGAUUUUGACCAAAUUCAGCAUUUAUUAUCAAAACAAUAAGAGCAUCUAGUCCUUCUGAAAGGUUGCUCCUAUUUUUUAUUUAAGAAAUAAUUAACGAUGAUUCGUAUAUUGUUGCAGGAUAUACAACUCGGACUUGGAUAUUUUGCAAUUUUAAUUAAUAACGAAGGCCGCAGGCAAUUAUUUAAUUGCAAAAUAUCCUCGUCCUUGUAUAUCCUGCAACAAUACACGAAUCAUCGUUAAUUAUUUCUUAAAUAACACCAGUAUUAUGUAAUAACAAUACUGUAUUAUGUUAAUUUGAAUGUCACCCUUUAUGUCCCUAUUUCAAUCUUUUAUGUAGACCUUCUCUCCCAAGUCUCGACCAAUCUCUUUAAAACGCAGUAAACUUUAUAAUCUUUUGACUAUUUUGUGUAUUUGAAAUAAAAAAUACCCUGCCCCGUUGUUCUCUAAGCAGACAUCCUACCACUAGGCUGAGCUAGUAAUUGUACACUCACAGUUUAACAUUUGUUUUUCUGAAUUUUCAUUUCUGUUUCAUUAAUUCAAUCGUGUUCAGAGAUAUUGUUAAAUACAAAACGUGUAAAGUAUAUAGAAAAAUCAUCUUGAUUUCAUUUCCAUGGUAACCGUAUACAUAACACAUGUUGGUAACUAACAGUUACAUGCGGGUAGCAUAAUAUUGUAUGAUGAAAAGGCAGCAAAAGACAUUUCAUACUUCAUGUUUGUUAUAAAGUUGUGUUGUAGGUGAUGUAUGCUUCCGGCUAUGAAGGCAAGUUUUCUAUGUUUUUGUAUUCAUCAAUCAUACUGUUACAGCAUACUGUUACAGGUGAUGUAUUUAUAAACUGAAAGCAAAAAUAAAUUAAUUGAUGAGAUUCAAA